GCGCCCAAGCUUCAUUCAGUCAGUUCACAGCCAGCACUCCGAGCAUUCGAAAGCAUAUUCAGCGUAGUUCGAGAACGAAAACGCGCGCACGCAUCGGUCAAUAAAUCAGUCGCCACACCGAAGCAAUCACGUUGAAAGACGAUCAGCGGACCGCGUUGGACUCCUUCGUAGACAGUCUGAAACCGGUAGUGAACGAGAUGCAUGUCCACCCGAGUUCGCCCAAUUCGUCCCAAUCGGAGGACGACGCCGCGACUAAGAUCCAGGCUGGCUUCCGCGGUUAUCGGGUGCGGAAACAGAUACGUCAGGGUCGUCCCGGGUCGACAGGUGGCGUCAGCGGCAACCCAUCGGCUGGAGCCGGAUCGUCCUCUGGAGGGUCCCAGGCUCAGCGAUCCCCUCGGGUUGGUAAGAAAACAACGCUGGAGGACAAAUCGGCCACCAAGAUCCAAGCCGGAAUCCGGGGAUUUCUGGUGCGUAAACGACAGAAGACGGCCACCGAUGCGGCCACCAAAAUCCAGGCCAGCUUCCGUGGAUUCAAAACCCGGAAGGAUCUGAAAUCGACCUCCAAGAAGGACAAGUGAGGACGCUGCCCGCCAGUCGAAUUCGUGUGGGAUGUGAAAGACUUGUAUAUAUUUUUAAGACAGUAGAAUCACAAGAGUUUCAAAGAUUAUUUCUGUAGAGUGGAGUGGUGAGGGAACAAGUAGUGAGGCAGGCCAAUAUCAAUGGUGCAAUUCAAGGGGAACUGGACGCGCGCGCGGCAAACAGCACCUUUUUUGUCCGAACCAGUUCUGCCGAAAACAGAAAAGAAUCGUGAGAUCCAGUGCCUGCUACGUGCGAACAGCAAAAAUAAAAGGUGCGGUGUUUUGACCGCCUGCUAUGCUGCCUGGCAUCGUGGCCAACUGAGCAAGUGAAAGUAACUCGAUCGCUUUGCAAACAAGAAAAGCCAGAAACAGAGAAGAUAUGUUUUACUGUAUAUUUACAUUUAGGAAACGCAGUGCUUCCACUUAAAUGUGAUCUUGGAGAAGCGGUCUCUCCGUGAAACUCCACUAAGCUGACUAUCCAGUGCUUUAGUUCUUUUUUCUGUAUUAGAGGCAAGAUUCAUUGCAAUUACCAGUUUUAAUUUAAAUGCAGUAUUCUUCAGAAAAUUAAUAAAAGUGGAAACAAAUUUAGCUUUUUCAAAGUAUCUUUCAUAAUUUCUUUAGUUUGCUUUAUUGAGAAUUAAAAAAAACACUUCUAGUCUAUAAUUAAAGUAUUUCCCUGAGAUAUUUCCGUCUACAAUGGCCUCGGUGCGGGAAAAGGUGCGAAGAGUGCAUAGGAAAAAGCAUAUGUUUCCUUCCCUAGUGCGCACGUAAUACUGCUGCCGCCAGUUUUGUUUGAAUUACUAAUAGUAGAUUGUUUUGCUUGUAUACAUAUGAAGCAGCUCCGUCAUGGUGAUCGGUGAUCAGUGAUUCAAAUUCGUGUGAAUAGAAAGAUGUGGUAUCAUUUUUUCUCAAUUCUUAUAUCUUUUUAAUCAAACUGUCGUAUGUAAUGCAAAUUUCAUAAAUUUGAUUACUUUAAUACCUCUAUUCGGAUCAGCUUUUAAUUAAGAAAGCCAGUAGGGCUUUGAGCUAGAACUACCAGAUAAAUUAGGAUUUAUUUUUUUAUAUGUAUCAUCAGCUAAGGCCGUAGAAUAGUAUAGAAUAGAAUAUCUAACCUAUAAAGCGUUGGUUCGAUACCAGUUUAGUGAUGAAUUUGCAAAUCAUUAUACCGUGCUGUAUACAAGUAUUUACAUUUUUAAGAUAUCUUUUUUUUUAUCAAGCAAUAAAGCGUAGUUGAGUCGUAGCGUA